CACCACCACCGAUUUGUGUGCUGGAAUGCUUGACUCGAUUUGCCACCAGCAACCACAGUUUCACGGAAGAAAAAAAAUGGCUGGUGGUGGCGAUCCAAAAUGGCAAAAAGAUGCAGCUGAUCAAAAUUUCGAUUAUAUGUUCAAAUUGUUAAUUAUCGGUAAUUCUAGUGUGGGCAAAACGAGUUUUCUAUUCCGUUAUGCUGACGAUUCGUUUACGUCGGCAUUCGUGUCAACAGUUGGCAUUGACUUUAAGGUGAAAACAGUAUUUCGUCAUGAUAAACGAGUUAAGCUGCAAAUUUGGGAUACGGCUGGCCAAGAGCGAUACAGAACCAUAACGACCGCUUACUAUAGAGGCGCUAUGGGCUUCAUUUUGAUGUACGAUAUCACAAACGAAGAGAGUUUUAAUUCGGUGCAGGAUUGGGUAACACAAAUAAAAACCUAUUCGUGGGAUAAUGCACAAGUUAUAUUGGUCGGUAAUAAAUGCGACAUGGAAGAUGAGCGUGUCAUUUCAUUCGAACGUGGUAAACAAUUAGCCGAUCAAUUAGGAGUUGAAUUUUUCGAAACAUCUGCCAAGGAAAAUGUUAAUGUUAAGGCCGUUUUUGAACGCUUAGUAGACAUAAUUUGUGACAAAAUGUCAGAAAGCUUAGAUUCAGAUCCAAAUCUAGUGGCUGGCGGUCCAAAAGGGCAACGUCUGACUGAUCCACCUCAAGCUGGCCCAACCAACAAUUGCAAUUGUUAAGGCAUCAAUCAACAACAGCAACAACAACAAAAAGAACAACCAACAUACCGAUUUUGUUCAUUUCAAACAAAAAACCAAACCAAACAACCAUGAAUUGUACACAUUCAGCAUGUUCAUUUCCAUAACAACCAAUCAGACAGCAGAAAUAACAAGAAGCAAAUGAAAAUGAAGGAAAUUUGCAGAGAAAACCAAACGGGAUACAUCAAAAGAUAAGGGAAAAAAAGAGAAGAAAUUUCCGAAAAAUAAAAUUAAAAUGAAAUGAGUAAGAAGUUGCAAAAACAAAAGUUGAACCAUAAUUUUCAAUGGUUCGUUUCGGUUGUAGUCACGCAACCGAAAUUCACAAUUAUAAAGAGCGUCUAGUCAUUCGCAAGAAAAAAAAACAAAAAUAUGUGUAUGGGAAUGAACGUAUAACUUUCAGAGCCGAAAAAAAAACAGAAAACAAAAGACACGAAACUCAAGCACCGACAUUUUUCUCCAUCAACACCAUAUAAGGAUCAAUGAGAGCAAACGGUUCAUACACAUUCACACUUUCAUUCCGAACACUAACAAGAGAUGUGUUGUAAUGAAUCCUUCUUUGUUUUAUCGUGCUACAUAUAUAACAAACUAUUUUAUAAAUGCUUUAAUUUUGAUAAUUCAAAUAUGAGAAGCAAAACAAGGCGAUGAAGCAGAAUGAAUAAGAGAAACAGAAUAAUAAUGAAACCACUACACUAAGAUUAUCACUGAUCAAACAUAUAAAUUCGGUAAAUGUUUUGCACUUCAUUUCAGGGAACGCGAAACUUUUCGAUGCAUUAACAAACCAAUACGAACAAACACAUAAACAAUAUAUUAAACAAGAAAAAAAAACACAACCAAAACCAAAAACCAAAUAAUAAUUCAAUGUAGUAAGUGAAACACUACACAUAUCUAUUUUCUUAAAAAUAAAUAAAAAUGGUUAAGUAGGUGGUCAUACAUUUGAUAAAUAGAAUUGCAUGGACAUACAGUAUGCGGCCAAUUGGUUGAAAAAAAAACGAAAAUUGUCAAGUGUCGCUGUAAUGCGAAAGAGGAAAGAGACGAGGAAAUUUUUUGUGUUGUUUUAGUUGCAAUGCUUUCAAAGAAUGGACGGCAGAAAAAAAGAAUGGCAAAACCACAUUUGGCCGAGAAGUGGAGAAUUCGGUCGGAAAAAGAAUGAUUUCGAAAGAUGUAAAGUUUUAUUCAAUUAAACGAACUCAAGUACGCAAUCAAAUCCCAAGUUGUUGAUAAAAAAAAAUCCAAAUGAAUUGAAGAGAAGCAAAAAAGAAAGGAAAAAAAGCUGAGGAUCUAGAUUAGUUCAAGUGUGAGAGAGCGAGGAAUAACAAACAUUAAACCCAAUAACAAACAAAAUACCGUAUGCGUCGCUACGAAAGGAUGAAUACCGUUUUAUUUGCUGUAUAUGUUAUAGUAGACAAUAAAAGAAGAAACAAGAUUCAGGUUUUCGGGGGAUACCAUUUCACGCGUACCUUUGAUCCAGGUCAUCGUCAUCAAAGGGACACACAUACACAGAGACACAAUGCACACCGUAUGUGAAAUGCGAUACACAAAUACGACAAACCAACGAACAAAAAAUGCGGUAUCGUUAAGUAUAUAGAGUUACCAAUUUUUUUCUUUCCUUUUCUCGGUUGUUUGUUGAGAAAAUAGAGCACAAAUGAAAAUACAGAGAUGAGAAACCAAAACGGCAAUGUUGAGAUCAGGUUUCGGAAGAAGAGCUGUCAAUUUCUCCCAUUCACGAUACUAGCGCCACUGAGGUAUAUAGCAAAUCAAUGUAAAGUGGAGUUUAUUUUGUAACUAAAAUACGCGGCAUUUUUGAAAUAUCGUACUAUUUCCGCACCUUGGUUGAGAUAUAUAAGAAAAUAUUUAGAUUAAACAUAAAAAGUGUAAAGGAGGAAUACAGAGGAGAGCAGAACGAAGCAGAAAAACAAAACAAAUGCACACGAAAUUGUCUUGUAUCAAUGUCAUUUCUUUUUGUUUCGCUUGCGCAAUUUGAACAUUCACACAAAAUACCAUAGAUGAAACGUUACCAUUGUGCAUUUUAUUGAGCAAAAUGAAGAGUAUGAGCGUUCUUUUUUUUCCUGCCACCGACUAGACUAGUGCCGAGCACUGUGCUUUUACAUUGAUAUCUCAGCAUUUUUGUUGUAUUCUCACGCGCAUUUGGCGGUUAUCGUUUUAAGUAAGACCCACAUACACACAAAAUACGAACCCUUUUACCCAGCCACAAUCUCCUGCCUCCUUCGAAAAUUUACUCCACCAUAUAGUUUCAACCAGCACAUAUGAAAACAAAAAAAAUAUCAAGAAAACUACAGGAAUCACACGUAACAUAAACAACACAAAUGCUGUCAUGCCAGAAAACAAGCAACUCGCAGAACGGAUACUGAAUGUCGUUCCGAAUGUGAAUUCCUCAAAAUCCAUGGAACAAAGACGAAACGAAGAAAAAGAAGAAGAAGAAGAAGAAGAAAAAAAAGCUACCGAUUCAUUAUACCUAAUGAUUAAAGUGUUAUGUAGUUUCAAUAUUGUUUUUCGUUUGAUGGAAUUGGCCACAGAAAUCACAUACAGUUCAUUAUUAUUGAAUUAAGCAAGUAAUUAUUAUAAAGGAAGGGAAAAAAAACAAUCAGGACAAAAACAAAAUCAGGGCAUGAAAUACACAUUAUUGAAACAUUGUAUACCAACAACAACAACAACAGCAGAAACCAUGGAUAUGCAUCAUGCGCCUAGUUUUAUGCGACAUCCACUGCAAGACUCUAUUUUCUUUUUUCCACAACAAGAGCACAGUGUGUUCAGUAUGCGGUAAAGGAAUGUAUAGCUUAUUUGCAUAUGUGUCGCUAUGUUGCGCAUCCCUUGUUGUAUGGUAUACAUGUACAAAGACAAUGCAUAAACGAAUAAAACCAUUGACCCCUUGCUCUGCAAAACAACAAUAGCAAAAAUCGAACAACAACAACAAAUGAUGGAUGCAAACAGAAACUAAAGUAUAUAUUAAACAACUGAACAAUUAAGUGUAAAUAACUAAAAUUAUCUAGAUAAUAACAACUAAUCAUUAUGUAAUAGAAGCGAAAAUUUUGGAAAAUUCAAGAGCUUUGAUUUGAAACAACAACAACAAGAAAAAUGACAGUUGAAAAUGCGCUGAUUAAGCCAUUGACUUGGAACCAUACAUAAUUUUGAACUUCAACUGAAACACUCAUCUCGGUCGAGAUUUCCGUCACACAAACUCACAAAUACAUACACAUACAUUUGCAUAACGCUAGCCUAUACAUAUAGGUUCAUAAGUACAUUUUACUUGUGUCGUUUUCGAAUUUUUCCUUUUAUGAUAUGUUAUUGUAGCCAAAACCUGCUCGACAGAACAAUAGACAAGCUAUUAAAAAUGUGUAAACAAUCGCAACCGUAUUUUUUCUGUUCAUUUUCUUCUUUCUUUCGUUUAUUCGCUACAUCGCUUGCCGUUCCAUGGCACAUGUCUUUCACAGGGGGACACAUUCAUAAGGAAACCAGAGAAGAUAGAAAAAAAACCGUUUACAUGAAAUCCAAUUGCAUUUAUAGAUUUUGUAGAGUCUUCCUUUCGUUUCGAUCUUAUAGUUAGGGUUGUUAUGUUUAGCUGGACAGAAAAAAAUUGAAAUAAAUGAAAACAAUUUUUUGUUCUCGAAAAAUAAAAAUGAUAGUGAAGGAAUAUUUGUUUGAAAGCAAUUAAAGAAAAUGGAGUAAUCAAACAAAUCGCAAAUCAAAUACACACACACACAAAAUGAAGAAACAAAUAGUUGUUGAGAUGGUGCGUCUCUCUCAGGUAAUAAAAAAAAAACAAAGCAAACAUUUGUUUAAAUAGGAAAGGAGAAAGAGUUCAAAUAAUUUUGCUUGUGCAUUUAGUUCUCUUUUUUCGCUGUCAAAUCGAUUCUUCGAAAUUGUGAUUAUCUUCUGUAAAUUGAAUACUUCUCUCACUCUCUCUCUCGCUCACUCUCCAACCAUCUAUCUUCCUUUUUUUCGCUCUGCAAAAAUUACCAAUUGAUUCACAUAGAAAAAAAAAAAAAACCGCGCGGUUCAACAUUGGGCAAAUGUUCGAUUUCUUACAAGCUGCCAAAUUGAAAAUUGACAAAGCUCUAUUGGACAACAUACAAAAAAAAAUUAUUAAAUUGAAACAAAAAAAGAGUAAUAAUAGUAAUAGACAGCAAACAAACCAUGCACCAAGUCUCAGUUCUAGUGACAAAUUAUUUAGUUGCACCGACAAAAAAAAGUAAAUGUAUAGAUUUGUUGUUUAUAUAAAUCGUUAAAGUAUAUUUAGCAAAGGAAAACCGAAAACAUUUUGUAUGACAAGGAGUAAACAAAAAGGAGAUUAUCGAAUUUGAUAUAGAUAUGACGCAUGGCCAUUUAAAAUCUAUGCAUUCAUCUUACUUCCAUUUCAAAGAAGAUUGUUGAAGAGCCAAACCAAAACCACAUAUUUUAAUUCGAUCCUUAAAUUUCACUGUGUUUCAACACCCUACUUUAAUUUCAAGGCAUUGUUGAUUUCGACAUAUUUUUGAUGUAGAAUGGCUUCUUUCGCUUUAUUUCAUUGGCUAUGGAAUUUUCAUAAGAGACACCUCUUUUGGCAGAUUUUGAUUUGGAAAGAUUUAAAAAAAAAAUGAUUUAAAUUGAUAUUCCAAACAAUUGAUAUGCUCAUCAUAUUUCUUGCCAUUUUUGUGUAGAAAUAACGAAUCUCUUUUGAAAUAUUACGGUAGUCAUCAGCUUCACUUGCACAGUUUCAACAACAAAUAGCACGAAUAUACGAAAAUGGACCGUAUUUUGCUUUUAGCAGCUUCCAUUCAUUUUUUUGUUUGUUUCGGAUUUCAUCAACAAUGACCAACCAUCUUGAUACUAAUCAGUAAUCAUUCACCAUCUCUUGCUCUCUCUCUAUCUCUCCCACUCUCGCUCUCAAUAUCCCAAAAAAUAACACAACCACAUUUACAACUCUAUUCUAUACUAUACCGACUAUAAUCAAGUCUAUUUUUAUCGACAAAACCAACCACAUAACAUUAUAAACGAAACUUUUCCUAAAAAACUAAAAGCAAAAUAAAAAAAAAAUCAUCAAUAUAAAACACAUUAAAUAUUAUCCUCUCGCCGCCUCCCCCUCACCCUUCAACCAUUCCAAUUAAAAACUACUACUUGUAGAGGAGAUUGAAUUGUCCCAUUCAACGAAUUACCAUCUAGAAAAUAGAAAAAUAAAAUUUUGGAAAAAAAAAACUAUACUAAAGAAAAUUUGAUCUGCAAAAUAUUCCAAAGUGUGAACAUUUUGUUGCGAACAAAAUUUUCGGGUUUGCAAAUGAGAAUUUAGAACAUACAUGUAAUGAUGCACUAUUAUAUUUACAAAACAAAAAUGAGGCAAACAAAACAAACUAAGAAAAAAAAAAGAUUAUUGUUAAUUCAAAUGCAUUUGUUGUUCGUGUUUUAUUAUCAUUUUUGCCCAUGAUAUCAUUGUUUACUUGGUAAUAUUUAAAAAAAAAUGGUAAAAAAGAGACAUUCAAGAAUUUUUGUAUCCGUAAUACGGAUUUCCAUAUCGUUCAUUUGCUUAAAGAAUUUUAUUUAAAACAAAUCCCGCAGACGAAAAGGUAGAAUUCAAAAAUGAAGUCAGUCACAUUUUUUAUUUCUAUUACUGAGAUCUGUUGAGAAAAGAGAAGAGACAGAGCUCAAUAUUGGAUCAUUUCUUAUCAAGUUUUCAUUGCAUUUAAUUUAUAUGUCGGCAGCUUCAAUUUGAUCGCCUAUUUUACAUGACACUUUAAUUUGCUGUUUUUAGUUGUCAUUUUUUUGUCUUUUUUGAAUCGAUGUGUUCAUAUAAUCGAGAGAAAAUAAAGAAAAUAAUUUAAACAAACAUAAUGAAAAACUAAAAAGAAGAAAACAAGUUUUUGAUGUGUUUUUAAGAUUAAAUUCUAUAUGUCUGUUGCAUAUUUUACCAAUAAUCCAAGGAAUCUGAUGAACAAAAUAAACACACACACAUACACUAACGCAGUCACUCACACUCACAUCAUUUCCACAAAUUAUUGUUGUCUAGAAGAAAGAAAAAAUGAAGAAAAAGAAAAAAAUCACUCGAAAACCAAAUCAUUUUUGAAGAUUAUUAUGAAUUGACUUGGAAGCUGGGCAUUUUAUGUGAAACCCAGAUGACGACGACGACGACAAAGAAGCAGAAGGAAACAAAAUACUUUUAAAAUCCAUUUUAUUGUAACACAAAGUGAACUAACCUUAAUAAAAAAAAAACACACACAGAAACAUACACAAACAAGAAAAAAACAGCAACAGAAACACACAAAAAUACGAUCAAUGUCAAAUAUGCAUGGAAAGAUACGCGACCAAAUGCAAACAAAUUCUUCAUCAAAAAUCAAAUAAAAUUCCCAUGCGGUACCCACGACUAUUACUCAAUCCAUACACAUUUUAGAACAAGGGAAACAAACACCAUUUUACCAACACACAUUACAACAGAAUCUGUAUACGCGGUCGCUACUCACGUGCACAUUUGACAAUGACCAACCACUCAGAAACUUAAUUAAUUAAAUGAUGAAUAACAGAAGAAAAAAAUAAACGAAUUGUAAAAUUGUAUUUAAAAUUAAUGCAUAUUAUCAUAAUACAUAUUAUAUGAAGAAGUGUAAAUUAUUCUUGAAAAUAAACAACUAUGAAAUAUAUUUAAAAACCGAAAGAUGAAAGAAAAACAUGUGAGAAAUAAAUAAAUAAUUGAAACUAAA